AUGCCUCCGACAACAUCAGUUAAACCUCGUGCUGUUGUUCUGUCUGGACCAAGCGGAUCGGGCAAGAGUACAUUGAUUGCUGAAUUAUUUAAAGAAUAUCCAACAGCAUUUGCUUUUAGCAUAUCUCAUACAACAAGAUCUCCUCGAGCUGGUGAACAGAAUGGUCGAGAAUAUCAUUUUGUUGCUCGAUCUGAUAUGGAAAAUAUGCUUAAUCGUGGUGAAUUUCUUGAAUCUACAGAAUUUUCAGGAAAUCUUUAUGGAACAAGUAAAAAAGCUGUUGAUGAUGUUGCACAAACAGGUCGUAUAUGUUUACUUGACGUUGAUAAACAAGGUGUAAAAAAUAUUCGAAAAACAAAUCUGAGUGCAUUAUAUAUUUUUAUAAGCCCACCAAGUUAUGAAAUCCUUGAACAACGUUUACGUGGUCGACAAACAGAAAAUGAAGCUGCAAUUGAAAAACGUUUAAAGGAAGCAAAAGAAUCAAUGGAAUUUAGUAAAGAACCAGGCAUGUAUGAUCAUGUUAUAUUAAAUGAUCAACUUGAAGUUGCAUAUCAAUCAUUAAAAAAUAUUCUUCGCAAAGAUAUCGAUGGUGUCUUGGAACAACAAAAAGCUACUAAUACUGCCAAAUAG